AUGCAAUUACUACGGCUCAUGGUAGCACUGGCUAUUGUGCUAUGCUCAGUCGUCGUUAUCGCCGCUGAGGAUUACUACAAAGUACUUGGGCUUGACAAGUCAGCUUCGGAGAAAGACAUCAAGCGCGCCUACAGAACGCUCAGCAAGAAAUACCACCCCGAUAAGAACCCCGGCGAUGACAAUGCGCGCGAAAAGUUUGUCACAAUAGCAGACGCCUACGAGGUUCUAUCCACCGGCAAAUUACGCAAAGUCUACGAUCAAUACGGCCACGAUGGUGUCGAGCAGCACCGCAAGGGUGAAACCGCCGGCGGCAGCCACGACCCAUUCGAUCUCUUCUCGCGGUUUUUCGGCGGCGGCGGACACUCGGGACACGCACCAGGUCAUCGACGAGGACCAGAUAUGGAGGUCCGGGCUGCACUGCCAUUGCGGGACUUCUACAAUGGUCGGGAAAUCAACUUCCUCGUUGAAAAGCAGCAGAUCUGCGAUUCUUGCGAAGGAACUGGAUCGAAAGAUCACCAGGUUGAGACUUGCGAUCGCUGUUCUGGGCGCGGUAUGGUCAUACAGAAACACAUGCUUGCGCCGGGGAUGUUCCAGCAAGUGCAGAUGCAGUGCGAUAAGUGUCACGGACAAGGGAAGCAGAUCAAGAACCCAUGCCAUGUCUGCAGUGGCACUCGGGUUGUUCGCAAGCAGGUUGAGACGAGUGCGACGAUCGAAGCGGGAAUGGGCAAAGGGACGAAGCUGGUGUUUGAGAACGAAGCCGAUGAGAGCCCUGAUUGGAUUGCCGGAGAUUUGAUUGUUGUCCUUGAUGAGAAGGAGGCAGAGCUCGGGACUGAAGAUGAAGAGAGAACAGAUGGAACUUUCUUCCGACGGAAGGGCAAGGAUUUGUUCUGGAAAGAGAGUCUCUCAUUGCGAGAGGCGUGGAUGGGUGAUUGGACUCGCAACAUCACUCAUCUCGAUGGCCAUGUUGUUCGUCUCGGUCGUGGGCGUGGCCAGGUUGUGCAGCCUUUGGCUGUUGAGACGGUCGGUGGAGAGGGCAUGCCUCAUUACUCCGAGGGCCACCUGCACGACCACAAUGAGAAUGACGAGCCCGGCAAUCUGUAUAUCGAGUAUACUGUUGUUCUGCCCGACCAGAUGGAAAGUGGUAUGGAGAAAGACUUCCAUGCGCUUUGGGAGAAGUGGCGCAAGAAGAUCGGCGUUGAUCUGGCGAAGGAUUCUGGCCGCCCGGUGGUGCCUCUGCCGGAGGAGGGGAAAGAUGAACUGUGA